CUUCCUCCCAGCCUGUGCUUGGGCAGAGGAAUCUGAGAGGCCACCCCUCGCUCUGAGGCAGCACUCCUCAGAUGGGUGACGGUGGCUCUGCCUUGUGCCUCUCUCUCAUCUCAUUCAAGGGAAAAUGAGGAGCCGGGUGGACAAACUGUUCCUCUGGGCUCUUUUUCUUUCUACCACACUUCAAAAUGCUGCAGCAGAUGGUAAGAAGAAAAAAAUAAAAGAAUUACCUUGUCCAAACUUAUACUCAAAUAUGACCGUGGUCAGGAUAGGCCAAAAGGUACCUCUGACUUGCUUCUGCAAGAACACGUCAGGAGACAUCACUUAUUUGCUAUUUUUGGGCAAGAGACAGCUAGAUAGCAAGAAAAAACGAGGGAAGCCCGUGAUUUUUCACCUGAAGAUCUCCAGCGCCAGCGAAACAGGCCCCUACAAAUGCAAAGCCAAUGUUUCCAACGUGUGGAAAUACAGUGAAGAAUUCAACUUCACCAUCGCCGCCAAAGAAGAGAGCUGUCCUUCCUGUCUGCAGCCACUGCUGCUCCUGGGGCUGUUCCUGGGGCUGCUGGUAAUAAUAAUCCUAGUCCUGGUUUUUUUGAUUCUACCAAAAUGCAAAAAAAGAAAAGCUCUGAGAGGGAAUAUGUCCAAGGGCUCUGGAGAAGAGCAAGGUGAGCUGUACGCAAACAUCAGAGAAACCCAAACAGAUGCAGAGCAACCUCAGGAGCUGCACUAUGCCACGCCUGUCUUCAGGGAGGUGGCAUCCCGGGAACACGUUUCAGAAGGCCAUGAGGCUAGAAAAGCUGAUUACAUCUAUUCUGAACUCACCCACUAGGGUGUGAAGAUACUGCAUCCCAGCUUAAAGGACUUUCCAGGAAGCUGAUGUGCAUGAAGAAACAGGAAAUUCACCUGGCACUUCAUAGUUUCACCCUAGGGGCCAGGGCAGGAGGAUACCGAGGUGAGCUGGGUCUACAGAGCAAGACCCUGUCUUACAGCACAAAGCCUGGUCCCCUGAAGUGAAUUUGUGUCUUUCACAUCGGCUGAACGCGUUCUUUAGGCUAAUUUGGGCAUCUAAUCUUGUCAUCAAAGGCUUGAAAAUAGUUGUAAAAUACUUUGGUUUUGUGCGCUUCCACCUUUCUCCCUUUCCAACACAAUUUUAAAAGGAAUUACCUUGGGACUGAGGAAGUGUCUCAGCAGUUAUGAGCACGUACUGAUCUUCUCAAGGAUGAGGGGAGUUUGAUUCCCAAUUGAUCCCUUGUAAGACCUGGGGUCUCACAGCUCAGGAGUUUAAUCACGCCCUUCCCAGAAACUCCCCAGACCAAGACUCAUGGCAAAAGCAAGAGGUUUAUUUACCAUUGUACAAUGGGGUCACUCCCGCUGGUCAGCAAAGAGUGGCACCAGGAGACAAAGGCCUUUAGGUUUUUAAAAGAAAAAUUGUGGGAGAUUUGAAGUUCUAGUUUUGGCAAUUUAGGAUUGGAUGAGGAAGCUAUAAAGUAAAGAUAAUUGGUUAGUCUUAGGUGUUCAAGCUUGGCCAGUCCUGCCAAGUGUGGAUGCAGCUGCAAUUGAAGGUGGGGGUGGUUAGCUCAUCCUUGAAAAUUAGGGCUGCAGGCUCUUGGCUGGAGGUCAAAAGCUAAUCAGAAGAAGUCUAGGUUUGUUGCUAAGAAACGCUAUCUCAAGGACAAGGGUCUGGUCCUUCUUUUGCUGAGUGAAGGUGAUUGCUUACUUGCCCUUUUUUUAUAUCUGUCCUCACGGAUAGGGUCACAUUUCUUCACUCUCUGGAAAGGUACUAAGAGGCUUUAGCUUAACCUGGACCUAAAACUCAAAACUAUAGGCUUUAGAAGACAUAUAGGUUACAAAGUUAUCCUAACCCUUUCAUUUCCCCCUUCUCCUUGUAACUGCUUCAAUCAUGAAGCAGCUGCAGAGUGAGAAUUUUAUUUUAAGAAAAAAAAAUUUUUUUUUUGACUCAACAUUUCAGCCUGUAGAAUAGGACAAUGGGCCGAUGAUCCGUCUUCUGGAAUUUCUUUAUGCUGAUGAUGGAUCGUUGAAAUCUCAGUUUAAAAGAGGCUGAAAUGCUGGUCAAAAGUUGGGGAGAGUACAUGGGUAAAGAUUACUAGGAGCCAGUCAAAGGCUGGUCAAUGAGGCAGUCCUUAACAGUCUCUAGUUAGUGGAUCCAAUUGAAGAGACAGGGAGCAGUCAUGUCAGCUUUUAACAAGUCCAGAUUUCAGCUUGCAGCCCAGAGUCAACCAGGUGAAAAUCUGCUGAGACAAAUUCAGGCUAGAGACAGAAGUUAAGAUUUGUCUGUUAAACGGAAAAAGUGAGGAAUCCCAACACCAGGGAAAAACUCUUCUGGGAUCCAUUUGAGCUAUGUCAGAUCUAGGUCUCAUGACCUUUUGAUUUUUAUAAACUUAUAUGAAUUUUUGGUACACAAAAGGAAAAAAUAUAUAUAUACACACACACACAUAUAUAUAUACACAUAUAUAAAAACUCAGAAAAGUAACAUAUCAGCAAAUCUAAUACAGCAACAUUUUGAGAGUAACAGGUAAAAACUAUAUCCAACAGAAUGGGUACCAGUCAGCUGUUUGUUUUAUAUCUUUUAUAAACAACUUAAGUGUGUCCAUGUGGCAGCCUUUUUGGAGUUAACGGCAUCUGAGCAGCGGAACUUAGCCUCUUGGCUAUUUUUCAAAGUCCAGUCUCUCACAGACUGACCUUGGUGGUCUUACAGCGGACUGCUCUGACCCUGAGAAACUCCAUGCAACCAUAGUAACCAGACAGCAGGCUUUGUGCAACCUUGAGUAAGCCCUCUUAUAUUUUGGCUAAGUAAAAUUGCCUGCAUGUACUUUUUUUUUUUAACUUAAGUAUUAACCUGACGUUCAUUAAAUUGACACUUUGAUCAGUAUGUAGACCAACAUUUUUUAGAUUUUUAUAACCUGAACUCCUAUAUCCUCAGACCCUAUAUAAACUUUAUAUAUAUAUUUUUAUAUAUAAAUGAUAUAGUACCCAGUAGUUUUAACUAACCAAUGAACUGUCCAAUGAGCUGAUAGUGAACCUAACUGUCUGCUCUUUAGCUGCCAAGUUACUGUUAACUAAGCCUAGCCUUUUAGCCUAGCUGUCAAUGUGAUCAGAGACCUGAGAAGGAUAAAUUAUGAGCUAAGUAAAUGUACCAAUCAAAAUGACAGAGAUGACUAGUUAGUCCAUCACCUAGGCAGUGUCCCUGGCUCCUGUGGUCUCCUGGCUUUUUGAGCAGAGGCAGUCCAGCCAUCAGGCAUAGAGGAUGAGAAACUGCUGCUGUGGAAAGAGGAACAGGAGAGAUUGACCUCACCUUGCCUCUCACAAUGUGAGACAAUGGCUCUUCAGGUGUCCCCGGCUUUGUCCACAGUUUAGGCUGGGCCCUAGCAGUGGGCCAGUUGGGGCAGUAUUGCCCAGUGGUUAGCAUACCACAAUCCAGAGUUGCAGUCAUCUGUCGUUGUCCAAAUCUUCUCGGAGACCUUGGGGAGCUACUGCCAGGAUUUUGGGACUUUCUGUCAUAAUAAACUUACAUAUGUUAAAAUGCCAUAUUCAUCAGAUCUCUGAUAAGCUUGAGGGCCAGCAUAUCUGAGUUACUCUUUGUUUUUAUCAUCUGUUUUAAACUGUGUCCUAUAAAACAGAAUGUUAUUUAAUCUAGUUUUAGCAUAUUUUUGACAUGUAUGUUUUAGAACUAUAUAUUUUAAGAUAAAUAGGCAAACUUUAUAGUUACCCAUCCUAGGCUUAACCUUAAAAAAAAAAUCCUAUAUAAAGACAGUAGGUAGAGCUCAACAUCUUAACCAACUGCAGUCAUUAGCGUAGCUUUAAGUCUGCUCUUUUUGAACUAAAAUCAAAGCAAACAUUUUAAUCAGAUACAGUUUAUAGAGGGGCUAGCAAAUCUUGCUGAUCCUACCACUUUGUAUUAAAAUUGAACAGUAAGAAGCUUUGCACUUAACACUAAUCAGAGGACUGAACAUAACUGAGAGACCUAAACAAAAUGGUGGUAAACUCAUGUCUCCACCCUCUUUAUCUCCGGACCAGCAUGGCGGCUAGCCACGUGUAACUGAACUCAGCUGGAAGUCCUAAACAAAUAUGGCAGCAAAACUACAGCUUCACGUGCUCUCUAUCCCUGAACCAUCUUGGCAGCUAGCCAUGUGUUAUCACAGGCUGUGACUGACAAUACCAAACAUAGCCAUUUGGUGUUGUUGAUGACACAGCAAACACUGUGGAGCAUCCAUAAUCCCCCACAACCAAAAGUUUUAACAUAGUGAUCAAAUAAGUUUUAAAACCAACUGCAUAACAGAACAGUACAGAACACUUUUAAACUGUAUGAAGUAUUUUAGCCAUACCAAACCUAUCAGCCAGAUUUUUUUCCCUUAAAAGAGCAUAAAAAAAAAACAUUUUGCAAUGAAGAAUCACCAGCCUUUUAAAUGAAUUAUAACAUAUUUAAAUACAGUGUUUUUUUUUUUUUUUUAAAUCAUAUUAACUCUCUGGCUUUUUAUAAUACAUCCACUAACCUUUUUCCACAUCCUAUAUACCUUUAGGUUUCUAGCUUUUUUUUCUGGCUUAACCGACAUUUUUGUUUUAGACAAGCUAUUUUUUUUUUUAAUAUUUCUUGCUCACUCUCUCUUUCUUUUUAGACAACAGAAAAACUCCCAUUAAUUUUUUUUUUCCCCAAGGGUUGGGAAACUGUUUUAAGUUCGUUGUUGGACUGCCCAAGAGUUAUUGCUUAAAAAAUCUGAUAAGCUGUAAAUGUUUUAUCCUCUUAAACAUUUAAACAAUUUUUAAAACUCGUCCCUGCAAUAUCAAAGCAAAGUAUCUUUUUUAGGAGUGAAUUUACAAACCAUAACCAUAAUUUUAAAAGUCGAAACCAGAUUUUAAGACCAAAAUUUAUCAGUGAAAACAACCCAAUCUUCAGAACCAAUAUCAACUUAGAAUAAGACUUUCUUUUUAUCCUAAAAGGAAAUAAAAUCAUUUUGACUCAGA